AAGAACCUCUCGGCCGCGGCCUCUCGGAGCCCCGAAGGCCACUCUGUCUCGCGCUCUUCUCUCUCUGCCCCUCUGGUUCCCAACCAAGAAAGAGCGACGACGGCGACACGCCUAGGUAGACGGAACGGAACCGGUUGCGUGCUGUACGGGGCAUGGGGCUCCUCGACCAGCUCUGGGACGAAACGGUCGCCGGCCCGCGGCCGGACCACGGCCUCGGCAGGCUCCGCAAGUACUCCUCCUUCUCGACCUCCACCCCGGCGGCCGCGGACGUCGCGCCGGCGGUGACCCGCAGCAUCACCAUCGCCCGGCCACCGUCCCUCUCUCUCCCGUCCGGCGAAUCAAACUCCGUGCCGUCAUCACCGGCCAGUGGGCCGGACUCUCCGUUGGCAGCAGCUACCAGUAGCACGGCGAGGGUGGACGGCUGGAGGGCGUUCCGCCCGAAAUCCAAGAUGGCCAACGUCGACGUCGUCCAGGCGGAGGCCACCGUCGGGCCCAGGAGCCCCACCGUGUACGACUGGGUGGUGAUCAGUUCAUUGGACCGAUGAAGCAGCACGCCCAAGGUACGAAAUAAUCGACCGGAUGAAGCAGAGGAGCUUAGCUGGUGUAUUUGAGGCCGUGUGUUCGUCAUCUCAUAUGCAUACCUGCUACCGUGUAAUCGUUGUGUUAAUUAGAUGCACUUUUCUUCUUCUCUUUUUUAUGUAGUUGUGCGUCCCUUCGGGCUGCGAAAGUAUGUGAUGUAGUUAGCAGUAGCUCUGGUUGAGGCAAUCAAGAUGUGUUGCCUUCACGGGGCACCUUUUGGUGUGUGUGUAUGUGGAGGAGAUGAGCUCUGAAAUGAGGAUGCAAUGCAACUGUUCAAUCAUGCUUCGUUUUCUUA